AUGACUCUCAUUGGAGUCACCCUGGCCUGCUCUCCUGUGCCACAACCUCCUCAUCCUGGGAAAGGAAACGAUAAAGCGAUCGUUUUCUUAAUCACUGCUGCUCUUUACAAUCCGGCGACUGUCCAGAUUGAGGAAUUAUCCAAAUCGCUCGGAGAUUCGAGUGGUCCGAAUGGAACAAACGUAGAUGGCAAAUUCGCCUUCAAUUUCACCAUUUCCAACUGCGACUGUACCAAGGUAGCGCCACAAACGUACCAUGAAGAAAAAGCGUCUCUUCUGACUUCAACUGAGCGGGAAGGCCAACAAAGGGCAAAUUUUUUCCUGCCAAAUAAAAGAGGCUUAUCACUGCCAUCACUUCCUCCGUUGCAACUUCCAGGACUCGGCUGUCCUCCUCCAGCUUGUGCACCUCCUCCUCAGCUAGCUUUACCGUGUGCUCCUCCUCCAGCUUUGCCGUGUGCUCCCACGCCAGCUUGUGCGCCUCCUCCUCAGCCAGCUUUACCGUGUGCUCCUCCUCCAGCUUUGCCGUGUGCUCCUACGUCAGCUUGUGCGCCUCCUCCUCAGCCAGCUUGUGCUCCAGUUCCAGCUCCAGCACCUGUACCUUAUGCACCAGCUCCAGCUCCAGCACCUGUACCUUAUGCACCAGCUCCAGCUCCAGCACCUGUACCAUAUGCACCAGCUCAACCGGCUCCACCCGCGGGAUACAGGACUGCUCAACCGCUUCCUUAUGUGAAUCGCCCAGCUCCUGUAGCACCUCCGUCUGCCAAUUACGAGGUUGCUGUGUAUCCUCCGGUCAAAGAGGCUUAUGUCGAAGCCGGGAAGAUUUAG